GGCGCUACACCCACUCUCCUCUUUCUCCCCUCUUCUCUCUCUCCCACCCACUCCCCAUCUCUAAAAUCGUUUCCCUCGGCUACAACUAUAUCCAGUGCACUGGCCCUGCCAAAGACGACCACACCCUCGUCACCGGUGAUAAUGACGGGCUCGUCUUCGUCAGCCGGAUCUUGCACAAGGGACCCAGCGCUUCUGUCCCCUCCCAGUAGCACCGCCUCAAGCGGGCCCUGUGCAGGUCAUCCAACAAUACAUGAUGGCCUUGAGCAGGUCAGACAACUGCACCGUCAUUGUGAGGGACCUGAGCUCCCCGCCUUUGUCCACCAGCUGACAGAGUUCCCGGCACCCGUCUCGACCAUGAACGCCAAUGACCUCCUGGGAGAUGUAGUAUUAGCCGGCGAUGUCAUGCUUGUCGUCUGGAGCAUCAAUGGAAACUGCCUGGACCUGAGCUCCCUCACCUUUCUCCACCAGCUGACAAAGUUCCCGGCACCCAUCUCGACCAUGUACGCCAAUGACCUCACGGGAGAUGUAGUGACAACCGCCGAUGUCAUGCUUGUCGUCUGGAGCAUCAAUGGAAACUUCCCGACGGCGCUAAUUACAAACUUUUUGGGGACUUUCUUU